UUAUCAAUAACCACAUACAUAUACAGGAAUGCGUUAAACUUACACUUGGCUUAGACACUUGAGUUCCUUUAAAUUGUUGCUGCAACACAAGACACCUGUUAUGCUUAUUUAAAACAACUACUACAUACUAAUUCGCGAUUUUAUAGAGAUGCUUAUGCAUUUUGUUCGGCCUUCUGGAACCACCAUGGAAGAGGACGAGAAAUCGGGUACUGAGUUAUACUUACACGAGGGGAAAAAUCAAAGUUGCAUGUGGUCCUUGGCGGCGAAACUAUCCUGGACCCCUGUGCAUCUGAUCGACUACAAGAUGUUCAUUGCCGCUCGUCGCAUCCAAUCAUUCUGGCGUGGCUACCGCGUCCGAAAGCUGCUCCUUCAGCGCUGGCAGGCGGCAAUUGGCAUUCAGUGCUGGUGGCGCGGCUCUCGCACGCGCCGUAUCCUGUGUGAAAAAGUGGGGCGACGGUUGCAGGGUAUGAUUCUUGGACACUUCCACCGGGCGGCAAUUCGAAUUCAGGUUUUGUUUCGGGGAUGGUUGGUCAGGAAGUUUAUCCACGACGUGCGGGAUCUGCACCGGAUGCAAUCCUCUGCCGCCGAGGAUCUGAUCAAUUGCCUAAUCCAUGAGUUGCACCAUAUCAAAAAAACCGACUCCUUACCUGGGGUCACCUCGCUUCGAAAUGCAGUCUGUCUUUCAAAAGUCGAGAAGCUUUUGACCGCUAUGAUAUUCCGAUUCCACAACGGUCGCGUGUUAUUGAUGGUAGCCAACAAGAUGUCACAAAGAGAAGAAUAUCGCAGGCACUUUAGGGACGGCAGAUUUCUUACCCAGAUUCCCUAUUCCGGACCCAACUUCAAUGAACUAUGUUAUGUUAGGGAGAAAGAUCAUAUGGUACUAAAAGAAGUACCUGGAGAUAUGCGUUAUGCCGAAAUAGUCACCGAAUACGAGGAGUUCCAACUGCACGAGCAUUUAAGAGAAACCCAACUGCGAGUUGAUUCACGCAAUGUUCAAAGGCAAAUAGAUCACAUUAACUUGAAAGAACUGCAUUUGAAGCGUAAGUUCUGCGCAGAUGUUAUAGACCGUAUGCGAAAAUGGACCUUAUGGAGUAGCAACAGUGCUAACUAUAAGAAAAAUAUUUAUGAAAGUCGAAAAAAUAUGAAAGUAUUUUUCAGGAGAGCAGAGCAUCUGAUGAGUGAUUUCUGCGCCAGCUACGCCGAAGAUCCCUACAAUGUCUCAAGCUUCUAUACUUAAAUUUCAAGUCAAAUAUUUUACACAUUACACUAAAUUCUUAAAACUGUCAUUAAAACAUUUAUUUUAAGUUUAAAAA